AUGGCAAAUAUUGUCUCGAUCGGUGAUACGAGAUAUCUUGUAGAUGUUGGUUAUGGAGCGGACGGGCCAUCACAGCCUUUGCCAUUGGUAUCUGGAACGUCGCGGGGGGGACUGCCGGGCCAAGACAUAUCACUUCGGCAUGAGUGCUUGUCGCAGCAUCAAGAUCCUGUUCAAAGAGUGUGGAUCUAUGCGACACGCAAGGAUUUUGGAUCUUGGAAUGAUGUUUACCAUUUUGCAGAAACGGAGUUUUUUCCUGCUGACUUUGACGUGCUAAAUUACUAUAACAUGAACCUCAGCUCUUUUGCCAAGACUAUCGUUGUUCAGAGAUUUUUGCUCGAAGAAGAUACGGCAGAGGAAAACCCUUGCGGAUUCUUGCUUUUAAUUCGAGAUCAGCUGUUUCUCAGGAAGGAUGGUGGUCAAGAGACACUAGAAAUCUUCAGAACCGAGGAUCAACGACUAAGAGCAUUUCAACAAUACUUCAACAUUGUCCUCACUCAGGAACAAGCUGAGGCGAUUCGUGGUGCCCCAUCUGAGCUAAAAGAAAGAAUUCAGACGGAAGGCGAAGGAUGA